AGUGAUGUUUAGUCAGCAGACUGGGUGAAAACAACAACAUCGGUGGUGACGGUGUUCCCGGUGUUCACGGUCCUCCUCCCGGUGUUCCCGGUGUUCACGGUGUUCCCGGUGUUCACGGUCCUUCUCCUUCUUCUCCCGGUGUUCCUCCCGGUGCUCCCGGUGCUCCUCCCGGUGCAGGCUGAGCAGGCAGCGGGCAGACAUGUGGAUCCAGCCGGAGGAGGUGCUGCUGGCCGGAGCGCUGUGGGUCUCUGAGAGGGCCAACCCGUUCUUCAUCCUGCAGAGGAGGAAGGGACACGGCCGAGGGGGGGGGCUCUCCGGUCUCCUGGUUGGGACUCUGGAUGUGGUGCUGGACUCCAGUGCCAGAGUGGCUCCAUACAGGAUCCUGCUUCAGACGGCGGACUCUCAGAUCUACUGGAACGUGGCCUGUGGCUCUUCCAGGAAGGAGAUCACGGAGCAUUGGGAUUGGCUGGAGUCCAACCUUCUACAAACCAUCUCCAUCUUUGACAACGAUGAAGACGUCACCACCUUCGUCAAAGGAAAGAUCUCUGGCAUGAUUGCGGAGGAGAACCGGCUGAAGCAGGGGGAGGAGCAAGAGGAGGAUUGUGGGAAGUUUCGCGAGGCAGAGCUAAAGAUGAGGAGGUUGUUCGGGAUGCCUGAGGAGGAGAAGCUGGUGAAUUAUUACUCCUGCAGCUACUGGAAGGGCCGAGUGCCUCGGCAGGGCUGGCUCUACCUGUCCGUCAACCAUCUGUGCUUCUACUCCUUCCUAUUGGGCAAGGAGGUGACCCUGGUGGUGCAGUGGACGGAGGUGACCCAGCUGGAGAAGAACGCCACCCUGGUGUUUCCGGAGAGUGUUCGGGUCAGCACGCGUCACACCAAACAUUUCUUCUCCAUGUUCCUUAACGUCAAUGACACCUUCAAGCUGAUGGAGCAGCUCGCCACCAUCGCCAUGCGCCAGCUACUCGACAACGAGGCCUUUGCUGCCGACCGCACGCUUCCCAAACCCUGCAAGACGCUCAAGAACGUUUCUGCGCUCAAGAGGGAUUUGGACGCGCGGGCGAAGAACGAGCGCUACCGGAUGAUGUUCCGGCUGACGCAGGAUGAGCGGCUGGACGGACACACAGACUGCACGCUGUGGACGCCGUUCGCUAAGAUGCACGUCGUCGGACAGCUGUUCAUCUCCAACAACUACAUCUGUUUUAACAGCAGAGAAGAAGACUUGUGUCAACUCAUCAUCCCUCUCAGAGAGGUGUCCAUUGUGGAGAAGGCAGACAGCAGCAGCGUCCUACCUUGUCCCGUCUCCAUCAGCACCAAGAACAAGAUGAACUUCCUGUUUGCCAACCUCAAAGACAGAGACUUCCUGGUCCAACGCAUCUCCGACUUCCUGCAGCGAACACCCGACAGCUCAUGGGGCGACACCAGCCCACUGUCUCUGAUUGGCCAUUCGGCGUCCUCCAGUGCCCCCUCCUUGUCUUCAGGGUCUGAGUCCGUCCAUAGGGGGCGUCAUUACCACCCUGGUCUGCCCACAGCCAGCCAUGGUUUGCUGCAUCUCUACCACCAAGACGCUCCAGAGGACCUGGGACCCAAAGCCAUGAAGGAGAAGAUGAAGGAGGAGGCAUGGAAUAUACAUUUCUCUGAGUUUGGUCGUGGGGUCUGCAUGUACCGAACCUCAAGAACCAGAGAACUGGUCCUCAACGGGAUCCCAGAGCGUCUGAGAGGGGAGCUGUGGCUGCUGUUUUCUGGAGCACAGAACGAGAUGGCGACCCACCCUGGUUACUAUGGUGACCUGGUGGAGCAGGCCAUGGGGCUGUGUUCCCUGGCUACCGAGGAGAUCGAGCGCGACCUUCACCGUUCGAUGCCCGAGCACCGAGCCUUCCAGAACGAGACAGGCAUUGCCGCGCUGCGCCGCGUCCUCACAGCCUAUGCCCACCGCAACCCCGGGAUCGGGUACUGUCAGGCGAUGAACAUUGUCACCUCUGUUUUGUUGCUCUACUGUCCGGAGGAGGAAGCCUUCUGGCUGUUGGUGGCGUUGUGUGAGCGGAUGCUGCCCGACUACUACAACACCAGGGUCGUAGGUGCUCUGGUGGAUCAGGGAGUGUUUGAGGAGCUGACUCGAGCCUUCCUCCCUCUUCUGUACGAACACAUGCAGGAGCUGGGUGUGAUCUCCACCAUCAGCCUGUCCUGGUUCCUCACACUCUUCCUGUCUGUGAUGCCCUUCGACAGCGCCGUCCUGUUGGUCGACUGCUUCUUCUACGAGGGAAUCAAGGUCACCUUUCAGGUGGCGCUGGCUGUGCUCCAUGACAACAUGAAUGCCCUGCUGUCCUGCAGCGACGAGGGAGAAGCCAUGACCAUCCUGGGCCGGUACCUGGAUAAUGUUGUAAACAAACAGACUGUGGCUCCUCCCAUCCCUCACCUGCAUGCGUUACUGACGAGUGGAGACGAUCCUCCACCUGAGAUAGACAUCUUCGAUCUCAUCAAGUCGUCCUAUGAGCAGUUCGGCAGCUUGCGCUCUGAUGUCAUUGAGCAGAUGAGGUUCAAGCAAAGGUUAAAGGUCAUCCAGUCACUGGAGGACACAGCCAAGAGGAGCGUGGUGAGAGCGAUGAUGACGGAGUCCGCCUUCAGUAUCGAGGAGCUGGAGGAGCUCUACUGUCUCUUUAAGUCCAAACACAUGACGAGCUGUUAUUGGGGCUCCAGCAGCUCUGCAGCCGAGCGCCACGACCCGACUCCCUACCUGGAGCAGUACCGCAUCGACCCGGCUCAGUUCACACAGCUGUUCGCUGCGCUAGCUCCCUGGGUCUGUGGAGGCCACACCCCCACGCUGUCGGCCCGCCUCUUCAGACUGUUGGACCAGAACAAAGACGGACUGGUCAACUUCAAAGAGUUCAUCACCGGACUCAGCGGGAUGUUCCACGGAGACAUGACGGAGAAACUCAAGCUGCUGUACAAGCUCCACCUCCCACCAGCUCUGUGUCCGGAGGAGGCGGAGUCUGCUCUGGAGGCGACACACUUCUUCACCGAGGAGGAACCACGAGAAUCUUCCUUCCUGUCUGAUCUGGACAUGUUGGGGCAGCAGGAAGUGACCUCAGGUGAGGAGGAGAAGGAUGGAGGUGGAGACAGCGAGGAGAAGAAAGAGGAGAAGGUGAAGGACUACCGGUACUACCUGAGAAUGUGGGCCAAAGAGAAGGAACCCAAGACCGAGACCAUCAAAGACCUUCCCAGGAUGAACCAGGAGCAGUUCAUCGACCUGUGUAAGACUCUGUACAACAUGUUCAGUGAGGAGCCGUCUGAGCAGCAGCUCUAUCACUCCAUCGCCACCGUGGCCAGCCUGCUGCUGCGCAUCGGAGAGGUCGGCAAGAAGUUCAACAACGGCAGCAGGAAGACCGAGGACGCUGCCGCUCUGGCUCCGCCCACUGAACCUGAGAGGGAGGAGGGGCCCGGUGAGGGGGGGUCAGGUGAGUCUCAGGUGUGCCUGGCUUUGGCCGACGCUCAGUUGGAGCCGGCGGCUCCGGAUGAGGAAACCAGAGACGACGGUUCGCUGUCGUCGUAUUCGGUGGUGAGCUCCGGCUCUCUGCAGUGCGAGGACAUCGCCGACGACACCGUUCUGAUCGGCGGCGAGAAGCAGAGGCGGGGCAGCGUGCUGGACGUGGAAUGGUCAAUCACCUUCGAACAGGUGCUGGCUUCGCUGCUGACGGAGCCGCCGCUUGUCGACUACUUCGAAAAGAAGAGUGACAUUCAAAACAAAAUGGCCGCCUGUAAGGCGCAGAGGGCUGUAGAGCGUCAAACUAGCUCCUCCUCCGACCAAGAACUCACUCAGCAUUCCACCUGACUCACCUCCACCUGACUCACCUCCACCUGUCCACCUGACUCACCUCCACCUGACUCACCUCCACCUGUCCACCUGACUCACCUCCACCUGACCCACCUCCACCUGUCCACCUGACUCACCUCCACUUGACUCAC